UGCGCGGCGCUAGAGCUUGCGCGCGUGCCGCGAUUUGGCACGAUGGUGGCGAUGCGGCAGAAGCAAAACGAUGGAAAGUUCUUCCAGACCACAAAGCGAGGAGAAAUUCAAGAGCUGAAGGAAGAACUUCAUGCCAAUGACAAGCAGAAGCAGAAAGAUGCUGUCAAGAAGGUCAUCGCCAAUAUGACGGUGGGCAAAGACGUCUCGGCGCUCUUUGCAGACGUGGUGAACUGCAUUCAGACGGACAAUGUGGAGCUGAAGAAACUGGUCUACUUGUAUGUGAUGAACUAUGCCAAAGCUCAGCCAGAACUUGCGAUCCUGGCCAUCAACACCUUCCGAAAAGACGCCACGGAUCCCAAUCCCCUGAUCCGUUCCCUAGCGGUGCGGACCAUGGGCUGCAUCCGCCUGGACCAGGUGACGGAAUACCUGCUGGAGCCUCUUCGAAGAUGUUGCCAGGACCAUGAUCCCUACGUCCGAAAGACUUCGGCCAUUUGCAUCCCCAAGGUCUAUGACAUCAAUCCCGAACUGGUGGAUGACCAGGGAUUCGUGGAUAUCCUCAAAGAUCUGCUGGGAGAUGGGAACCCCAUGGUGGUGGCCAAUGCUGUGGCCGGCUUGGCCGAGAUCUCACAGACCUGCGGGAAGGAUCUGCUGGAUUUGGAUCGGGGGAACAUCCCCAAACUGCUGGCAGCCUUGAAUGAGUGCAACGAGUGGGGCCAGGUCUUCAUUCUGGACGCCUUGGCCACCUAUGAACCCACCGGCCCCAACGAUGCGGAGAGCAUCAGCGAGCGUGUGACCGCGCGGCUGUCGCACGCCAACCCGGCGGUGGUGUUGACCGCCAUCAAGGUCAUCUUGAAGUGCAUGGAGCACACAGAGAACCCAGAGGUGCUACGGAUGUUGGCCAAAAAGCUGAAUCCGCCCCUAGUGACUCUGCUGAGUAGCGAGCCCGAGGUGCAGUACGUGGCGCUACGCAACAUCCGCUUGAUCGUGCAGCGACGCCCGGGGAUCUUGGCCUCGGACGUGAAGAUGUUCUUCUGCAAAUACAACGACCCCAUCUACGUGAAACUGGAGAAGGUCGACAUCAUGUGCAUGCUGGUCAGCGACAAAAACUUUGACCAAGUUCUCCUUGAACUCAAAGAGUACGCCUCGGGCGUGGACGUGGAGUUCGUGCGCAAGUCCGUGCGCUCCAUCGGCCGCGUGGCGGUGAAGCUGGAACGCGCCUGCGAGCGCGCCAUGAAUGUCUUGCUGGAACUUAUCGAGACCAAGGUGAACUAUGUGGUGCAGGAGUCUUGCGUUGUCGUGAAGGACAUUUUCCGAAAGUAUCCUUCCAGAUACGAGCAGGUGCUGAGCGCCUUGUGCGAAUCCAUGGAAGCCUUGGACGAACCCGAAGCCAAAGCCUCCAUGAUUUGGAUCCUAGGAGAAUACGCGGGACGCAUCGAUAAUGCCGAUGAGUUACUUGAGUCCUUCCUGGAUACCUUCCAUGAUGAGCCUCUGUUGGUUCAGAUGCAGUUGCUAACAGCCAUUGUGAAACUUUUCUUGCAGAAGCCUUCCAGCACACAGGACAUGGUCUCCAAAGUGCUUCAAUGUGCCACCGAAGAGUCCACCAACCACGACUUGCGCGACCGAGGAUACAUCUACUGGCGCUUGCUGGCCACGAAUCCAGAGGCUACAAAGAGAGUUGUGCUGGGAGACAAGCCUUCCAUCCGCGAUGAUUCGCAAUACAUUGACAAGAAUCUCUUGGAGAAGCUGUCCACCGAGCUGUCUUUGAUGAGUUCGGUGUAUCACAAGUACGCUGACGAGUUUGUGACGCGUUUGACCCUGACCUCCUCGGGUCAAGAGCGUGGCGCAGAGGACGACGAGGAGGACGAUGGCAACCGCGCGGCGGAUCGACGCCGGGAAGUGCAGGAGGAGUUGGAACGUGGUCCUGGUGCAAGCAAUGGAACCAGCGGCGGCCUGGACUUACUGGACCUGGGUGGCGUGGGCGACGACUCGCCCUCGCAGCGCGGUGGUGUUUCGGUGUCCUCGGUGCAAAAGGUGCAGGUGCUGCCGUCCACGCAAGCGGGGCAACACGGGCAGCAGGGCUUCGCAGUGUCAGCGGCUUUUGCCAGACAGCGAGGCACGCCCACCCUGAUGAUGACUUUUAGCAACCACAGCUCCGGACCUCUGAGUGGUUUCGCCAUCCAGGUGAACAAGAACCCCUUCGGCUUCGCGCCCAAGGAGCAGUUGGUCUGUUCCGAAAUCCAGCCGGGCUCGUCCUCGGAGGUCUCCGUGGCCAUGGCGCCACAACAGUUGCUGAGCAACACAGCGCCCAGCUCCCCACUGUUGCUGCAGGUGGCCAUCAAGACCUCGCUGGACAUCUUCUACUUCCACGUCCAAUUCGACCUCUCCGUGGUCCUGGUCGAGAAUGCGGCGCUGAGCCGCGACGACUUCACGCCCAUUUGGCAACGCGUGGGGGAGGCUGGCCAGAAAAUGGCCAUAAUUCCUAUGGAUCGACCGCUCGACUCCGAGAUGGUCAAGAGCCGAAUGGCACAAGACAACAUUUGCUACGUGGCGCAGCGGCAGCUGGAAGAUGGCUCGGUGGCGUUGUACACCUCGGCCCAGACCAGCAACAACUGCUCCGUCUUGGCGGAAGUCACGGUGAGCCCCGGAAGCAGCAGUCUAAAGGUGGCCAUCAGAACAGAGACACAGGUGCUCAUUCCUCUCUACGAGGCAUUGGUCAGCAAAAGAUUUGCUGCAUGAGACGCUAGAGAAAUGGACCGAAAAGUAUCGCUGAG